AUGCCCGUGGGUCUUGAAAAGUUAAAAGACACGUAUGAAAAUGGGAUUUUGAAGAGCGUGGUGAAAAUGGAGAAGAAAGAGGACCCAUUUGAAGGUCACAAGUGGAACAUACUCCGAGUUUUGAUCCUCCUGGAAAAGGACUUUAGUCGCGUUUAUUGGUUCUAUGACUAA